CGCGGCUGCCGGAAGGGCCGCCCCGGCCAUGCCGAGCCUCGCCGGGUUCCUGCGGGUGCGGGCGGCACCGGUGCGGUGCGGCAGGGCUAUGCCCGGGAAGGGAAAAGCAGCCGCCAAGGGCCCCGCGGAGCCGGGCGCCGCCGCGGGACCGGUGGUGGCGGCGGGCGGCGGCUCCGUGAGGGUGGCGGUGCGCGCCAAGCCCGGCGCCCGCUGCAGCGCCGUCACAGAUGUGACGGCUGAGGCAGUAGGUGUAGCUAUUGCUGCCCCUCCAUCAGAAGGGGAGGCAAAUGCAGAGCUGUGUCGCUACCUCUCUAAGGUGCUUGAAGUGAAGAAGAGUGACGUUACUUUAGAGAAGGGGGGUAAAUCACGUGACAAAGUGGUGAAGAUUUUGGUAUCAAUGACACCAGAUGAGAUUUUAGAAAAACUGAAAAAAGAAGCUUCCAGUUGACCUAAAACAAGAGCAGGAAAUGGGACAGUGCAUCUUGGCAUAUGGACUGAUAUUCUUUCUUACUUAAUGUAGUGCUGUUGAGAAUGUGGGCAAUGACUACAGAAAGAUACUUCUUUCCCCCUGUAUAGCUGUAGGUUUGGUUAGAAAACUGAGAGGCUGUAUCUGCUUCUGUCACUACAGACUUGCUUCUGCUCUGGAAAGUUUCCUGUGGGUAAGAGUUGUCCUCUUUCCUGGUCCCUAAACAAAUGGUUUAGGAAACGUUUUUCUCAGUGAAGCAAACAUUGGUUAACAAAGUGAGAGGCUUGGAGUGACAGCCUUCAAUGUGAAAAGUGGUACAAAAGGACAAGUCUGGAUGGCAGAGACAUACAGAAGACUGUUCUCUCUGAUACCUUACAGCAGGUACUGUGUGCAGCUUUUCACUGUGGGCACUUACAGACAUCUAAAAUAAAUGUAUUUGAAGCCAAUGUGCUGUUGUUGAUCACACAGACAAGCUAAAAGUAGAAUCACCUGAACAACUGAAAGAAAACCAGAGGUUUUCAGUAUGAAAAACCAAUGCAGACCCCAGUAAUUGCACACUUGGGGUCACUUUGUAAUAGUCUGUAAAUAGAUUCCUUAAAGGUAGAGAUAUGAUCAUGUAUAUCUGUGCCAAUUGUAUGUUACUUGUAAUGACUGUUUUUAAUAAAAGGGGCAAAAAGUA